UGAAAUCCGGAAGCUAUCAUUAACCUGGAAGUAUUUCAAUUAUUGUAGGAAGUUUUCCGCCAUAAGAACGACACUGAUUUGACGGAAAUAAAGGCUGAAAAUAGAACGGUAUGGACUCUCCAGGCAGAAGUAAAAGUCCCAGUCCUGUUAAAAAAGAUGGACCAUCAGAAGACGAGUCCAAUAAUGCAGCGGAGAAGCCUCAGCAGGCCGGCUCCAUUGAAAGAAGCCCCAAAGAGAAGUUGUCCCCUCCAGCCAGUCCUGCGGGCCGUUCCCCCUCUGGGAGUCCCGCCUCUGGGAGCGGCGCCUGCAGCAGCUCAGACGACGACAGCAGCAGCAGUGAUGAUGAUGAUGAACAUCAUGGUGCACUGAAGAAGUUAAGGAGCAGUGUGGCUCAGAUCAAAAGAUCAAGAUCCAAAUCCAGGUCCAAAGAAAGGGACAGAUCCAUAUCCAGGGAACGAGACAGAUCCAGAUCGCAAUCCAGCUCCAGAGAGAGAGACCGAUCAAGAUCCAGAGGACGUGACAGGUCCAGGUCAAGAGGACGAGACAGGUCCCGGUCCAGAGAGAGAGACAGAGACCGGGGGCGCUACGACAGAGGCCGCUACACACGGGAUCGCUAUGUUGAUCGCCGCGACGAUAGGGACGGGCCGUUUGACCAGUGGACCAAUCGGGAUGCGGAGUCUGAUCACAGGAGGCGAGGGCGCUCCGGCUCCCCCCCAACACAGAGGGAGGCGGGGGCUGAAGAGGAGCCGCCGGUUAAGAAGAAGAAGGAGGAGAUCGACCCCAUCCUGACGAGGACGGGUGGAGCUUACAUCCCCCCCGCCAAGCUGCGCAUGAUGCAGCAGCAAAUCACUGACAAGACCAGCCUGGCCUAUCAGAGGAUGAGCUGGGAGGCCCUAAAGAAGUCCAUCAACGGUCUGAUUAACAAAGUCAACGUGUCCAACAUCGUCCAAAUCAUCCAGGAGCUGCUGCAGGAGAACAUCGUCAGGGGGAGGGGUCUGCUGUCUCGCUCGGUGUUGCAGGCUCAGGCGGCGUCGCCGACCUUUACUCACGUUUACUCGGCCGUCGUCGCCAUCAUCAACUCCAAGUUCCCUCAGAUCGGAGAGCUGAUCCUCAAGCGCCUCAUCCUGGCCUUCAGGAGGAGCUACCGCCGCAACCUCAAGCAACAAUGUCUGACCGCCUCAAAGUUUGUGGCACAUCUCAUCAACCAGAAUGUGGCCCAUGAGGUUCUUUGCCUUGAGAUGCUCACUCUGCUGCUGGAGCGUCCGACUGACGACAGCGUUGAGGUCUCCAUCGCCUUCCUGAAGGAGUGUGGACUCAAACUGACCGAGGUGUCCCCGCGAGGAAUCAAUGCCAUUUUUGAGCGGCUCAGGAACGUCCUGCACGAGUCGGCCAUUGAUAAGCGCGUGCAGUACAUGAUCGAGGUGAUGUUUGCCAUCAGGAAGGACGGUUUCAAAGACCAUCCAGUGAUCCCAGAGGGCCUGGACCUGGUAGAUGAGGGCGACCAGUUCACCCACAUGCUGCCGCUGGACGACGAGUACAACACCGAGGACAUCCUGAAUGUGUUUAAGAUGGACCCAGACUUCCUGGAGAACGAGGAGAAAUACAAAACCAUUAAAAGAGAUAUCCUGGACGAGGGCAGCAGCGACUCCGGGGAGGAGGGCGACGGCAGCGACGAAGAUGAAGACGAUGAGGAGGAGAACGCCGAGGAGGGAGGAGAUGAGAAGGUCACCAUCUAUGAUCAGACAGAAGUCAAUCUGGUUGCCUUCAGAAGAACCAUCUACCUGGCUAUCCAGUCCAGUUUGGACUUUGAGGAGUGCGCUCACAAGCUCAUCAAGAUGGACUUUCCUGACAGCCAGACGAAAGAGCUUUGUAACAUGAUCCUGGACUGCUGCGCACAACAGAGAACCUACGAGAAGUUCUUUGGUCUGCUGGCCGGGAGGUUCUGCCUGCUGAAGAAGGAGUACAUGGAGAGCUUCGAGGGGAUUUUCGCGGAACAGUACGAAACGAUUCACCGGCUGGAGACCAACAAGCUGAGGAAUGUGGCUCGGCUGUUUGCUCACCUGCUCUACACGGACUCCGUGCCCUGGAGCGUGCUGGAGUGCGUCCGGAUGAGCGAGGAGACCACAACGUCGUCCAGCAGGAUCUUUGUUAAGAUUCUUUUCCAGGAGCUCUGUGCCUACAUGGGCCUCCCCAGACUCAACCAGAGGCUCAAAGACCAGACACUGCAGCCAUACUUUGAAGGUCUCUUCCCUCGUGAUAAUCCCAGAAACACUCGCUUCGCCAUCAACUUCUUCACGUCUAUUGGACUGGGUGGACUUACGGACGAGUUGAGGGAACAUUUGAAGAACGCUCCCAAGAUAAUCAUGACUCAGAAACAGGAAGUGGAAUCCUCUGAUUCCUCCUCUUCUUCGUCUGACUCCUCCUCCUCAGACUCCUCCAGCGAGUCAGACUCCUCCAGCAGCAGCAGCUCAGACUCAGACAGCAAACACAGAAAGAAGAAGAAGAGAAAAGAAAAAACUGAGAAGAACAAGAAGCAGAAGAAUAAGAAAGGGGAGGAAAAGACAAAGAAGGACAAACAGCCCAACAAGAAGCGAGUGGGACGCAAGACAGGCGAUGACGAGGAUGACGAUGACGAGAAGCAGGCGAGGAAGGACGGGAAAGGCCUUGCACGUGACGUGUCGGGGCGCGAGCAUCCACGUGAAACAGAAGGGCGUGCACGUGAGGCAGAGGGCCGUGAGCGCGCACGUGAGACGGAAGGGCGUGCACGUGAGGCGGAGGGCCGCGAGCGCGCACGGGAGCCGGAAGGGCGUGCACGUGAGGCAGAGGGCCGUGAGCGCGCACGGGAGCCGGAAGGGCGUGCACGUGAGGCUACCGGUCGAAGCAGACGGGACGACAGGGCCGAAGAGGAGGAAGAGGGGAGGAGACAAAAAAUGGACUUUCAAGACCGACCAAGAGACGGAGGGAGAGAGAGAGAGAAUGAAAGAGAUGGAGGGAGGGACAAAGAGAGACAAAGGGAGAGAGACGGGGGGAGGGAGAGAGAGCGGGAGAGAGACAGGGGGAGGGAGAGAGACGGCGAAAGAGACGGAGGGAGGGACAAAGACAGACAGAGGGAGAGAGACGGAGGGAGGGAGAGAGACAGUGAUGAUAAAAGAGAGGGCAGGCAAGAGGAGCCGAGGGAUAGAGAGAGGAACAAAGAGAACAGGGACAGGAACAGAGAGAGGGAGGAGAGGAGGAGGAGGUAAAACAGCCGUGAUGGACCGACAUCUUUUUUUCCUUUCUGUCACUCUGGUUAUUUUGGGGACCGGUGUCUCCCUCUCUGCUUGUGUCUCCUGUCUUAAUCAGUUGUCUGUAUUUCCUAUUUUAAAUUUUUGUUGAUGAAAUUUGGAGGAAAAAAAAAACAAUAAAGUUGCUUUGGAUGUUUUUUAA